UCUUUUACUUUGGAAAAGGCUGCCUUCACCAAGACCUUUGUCGCAGGCUUCACGCUUACCUGGAUGUCUGGCUGAAGUUUAUUGAAAAGUUUUGGGAUUGUUUAUGGUUUAUAAGGUUGUGAAACAUUUUUGGGUUUGUUUUGACAUAAACUGUGUAUUGUUCGGAGUAAUAUUUCAGCUCGUCCGCCUGUUGUUACAGCGUCGUAGCCGGGAGGGUGUUUCUGUAGCUGGCGGUGUAGCUGCUUUAAACUUUUAUUAACAGCUGUUGAAAUAAACAGUCUUUAAGCUGAAUACUGAGAGUAUUAACACUAAUUUAAGGUAUAUAAAUGUCUAUAUGUGCACCUGUUAUGUUUUAUUCGGGGUAGUCGUUUUAUUGUGUGAAGCGUUUCCUGAUUAAACAGCAAGCUUCCUCUUUAGACCGAACAUCAGGGCUGUCAUGCAACGCUGUACUCGAAAAACCAGGGCGUGGGCUGUGACUAAUAUUAGUUACUGUAUGAGAUGAGUCAGAUGACCUUCCUGGAGGUCCUAGGUUCCUUCAUAGUCCAACAAUGUCAAGAAUUGCGUGGUAUCAAGAGAAGAUCGGAGCUUACGACCAGCAGAUAUGGGAGAAAUCACUGGAACAGGCUGAACUGAAGGGAAUUAAAAAUAAGCCGAAGAAAACCGGCCACAUCAAGCCUGACCUCAUAGAUGUUGACCUGGUUAGGGGCUCCACAUUUAGCAAGGCCAAGCCGGAGAGCCCAUGGACCGCUCUGACCCGUAAAGGCAUGGUCAGGGUUCUUUUCUACCCAUUCUUCUUCAAGUGGUGGAUCCAGGUCACAUCCAAAUGCAUUGCAACCUCUAUACUGGUGCUGUACUUCCUGCAAGUGGCAGCUGCUCUGCUGUUUACCGAGGUGCCUGCAGCCACAGCUAGCGAAGUCCUAGGCCCGAUGUGCCUGAUGAUGCUACUAGGAACAGUGCACUGCCAAAUAGUGUCCACUGAAUCAUCCAGAACUUCUGAGGGCAGCUUAGUGUCCAGCCUGGCCUCUAUUCAAAGCUCUACCACCCAGAAAACAAGCCCUUCUCGAAAGAAAAGACAGAGGAAGUUUAAAAAAGUGAAGAGAGCAAAUCAGACAGAUAAAGGAGCAGCAGAGCCCAAACCAUGGCAUGGCAAAGAGAGCAAGCAUUUCUACAGGCCACAGAAAAACCGGAGUUCCCUGAAGAAGAAUGUGGAGGGGCUCUCUGAAGAGCUUUCCAGUGACGAAGAAGAAGCCGAGGUAGCAGGGCAACCAAGAGAUAGACUCAUCCCAAAUAAAAAGACCAAGCCUCCUCCUGGACUCAGGAAGAGACUUCUGAAUGCAAGCAAAUCUGCAGCCACGUCAAAUCGUCAGCAGAAACCAAAACAUGGCACGACAUCUACUGCCACAUCAUCAACUCCAGAGGUGAAGCCGGUGCAACCGUCUGGGGAGUCUCGACCUGCCUCUGAUUCGGAUGACAUGUUGUGGGAGGAGUUUCUGCAGGGUUCUGACUCCGCCUCAUCCGCUAACAACGAGAGCGGAGAUGAGGGGCUUCACACACAUAACCACAUCUUGCCUCUACCCAUUGUCCUCAGCAGUGAUGAGGACAAGGCUUUCUCACAGCAACAGUUUUCAUGGCUUCAGGCCUGCCAUCCUUCUAAAGAUCGUGUUAGUGCCAUUAUCUGGGAGCAGGGUGAGUGUAAGAAGGCUGACAUGUCUGUGCUGGAGAUCAGCAGCAUUAUUCUCACACAGGUAAAGUUGGUAGAACAAGGAAUGGGUUACCUGGUCUUUGGAGGGCUGGUUACAGCCACUUUGGCCCUGCUCCCUUUCUGCUUUCGUUUGGCUCAGCAGCUUGAUACGACUCGCCUAAACUCCAUCACCCUCAACGAACUGGCCAUCAUGGCUGCCGGGACGCCGAGUGCCUACUCAGUCUCAUUCUUCCUCAUCACCACUGUGGAGAGAGUCUUCCUCAGCGGUCUUUUCUUCUUCAUGAUGUGUGUUGCUGAAAGAACGUACAAACAGCGGCUGCUCUUCGCCAAACUCUUCAGUCACAUCACAUCAGGACGCAAAGCUAAAAAAUCUGCAAUCCCUCACUUUAGACUGAAGAAGGUGCAGAACAUCAAGAUGUGGCUUUCACUUCGAUCUUUUCUCAAGAGGCGGGGGCCACAGCGCUCCGUGGAUGUCAUUGUGUCUUCCAUCUUCUUCCUAGCCCUGUCCAUCGCAUUCACCAUCUGUGCUCAGGUACUGAAUAGCCACCACACUUUCCUGGAGUGGGAGAGUAACUGGGAGCUGCUGGUAUGGGACGCAUCUCUCCUCAUCUUCCUGCUGCGUCUGGCUACGCUCGGGGCUGAGACCAAUCAUAAGUACAGCAAUGCCUCUGUGCUGCUCACUGAACAGAUAAACUUGUAUCUGAAGAUGGAAAAGAAGCCAGAGAAGAAGGACGACCUAAGCAUAGUCAACAAUGUGCUAAAACUGGCCACAAAACUACUAAAAGAGCUGGACACACCAUUUCGCUUGUUGGGGCUGACCGUGAACCCUCUUAUCUACAACAUUACCAGAGUGGUCAUCCUGUCUGCUGUCUCAGCUGUGAUCAGUGACCUGCUAGGCUUCAAUAUCAGACUCUGGAAAAUUAAACCGUGACGUGACACAUUGAGAUCCUGCGAAGUGAAAGUGCUCCGUGCUGCUAGAUGACCAAUCCCUCUUAAACACUUCUGUAAAUUCCUGUGAAUCCCCACAUGUAGAAUCAGCUUAACUUCGGUUCCUUUCACUUAUCAUUUUCAAAUCCCUGGUCCAGGUACCUGCAUUCUUUUAAGCACAUUCCAAAGCGUAUCAGAUUAGUGGCUUAUUUAACACUGAGUGAGAAUUCCUUGCCUUCCAUGUAAUGUCUUAAAACAUAAUUCCUAGUAUCUUGUUUUCAGCUCCAUGACUUAGAUACUCUUUUGUAUAACUGAAUGUCACUAGAUGGAUUUACUACAGAUUUUUUUUUAUUUUACCUUUUAAGUGCCUUCCACAGUGUUGUUACAUUAAUUGAUUACGUUCACUGAUUUCUACAUGUGAUAAAGUUCUUUGUACCUGUGUAUUUUUACAAACAUUUCUGGCUUGAUCUUAUAUCUGAAAUCUCUGAAAGUCAAGCUCUUAAAGGUUACUACAUGCUGAGGAAGCCACACCUGCACACAAAACCACUAAGUGCCUUAUGACUGUAUUAUGAAGAAUGUCUUAAACAAUGUGAGCUAUUUAUGGGAUAAAAGCUAUCAAAUUAGAGUGGCAUGUGAAAGCAUGCGUCAAGGCGCAUGAUGUUACCCUGUAGGUGCAUUCAGUUUAGUUCAUAUUAAACACACUUUUAAUAAAUUUGAUUGAGGCCUGAUUA